CAUGCCUUUUAUUGCAAAACGUUAUUCAAAACAAAAGUCAAUUCAAGUGAAGACCACAUCUGAAGAGCGGUUCAAUUGAGUCAUAUAUUAGCCAUCAAUUGAUCCCAAAAUGGCUGACGACGAGUACGAACCCGAAGAUAUGGGUCAGGACUACGACGACCCCAUCGAUGAUGACGACAAUAUGGAGGCAAUGGAUCAGAUGGACGACGAGAACGUGGAUGUGUUGGCCGCCACUCAACACACACCGCAAGUGAACGCCAAA